AUGUCACGAUACCGCCAUAAGGGAUACAUCCGAACACAUGGUCGAGAUUACAAGCUUGAUUAUUUGCUGUUUAUCUUACAGGCGGGGGCAGAGCAUCCGUUGGGUGUCUAUUCACGGACAAAAGGUUGCUACGUGCACCCACCGGCGGAUAGAGGGACGAUAUCUUAG